AUGCGGUCGAAUCAAGGUGAUCCGCAGCAGGCAGCAACAGGCAGCAGCAGCAGCAACACGUCUGUGACUCAGCCGGCAGACAAGACUACAGCUGUAGCGCCAAUCUCGGCUGUAGCACCAACUCCAGCGGUAGCACCUGGCGGUGGUGGUGAUUCUGCUGGUGCUGCCAGUGCUGCUGGUUUCCUCACCACCACAGCAGCAGCAACGUCGCCUGCUGCGCCCCCAGCUGCUUUCCCCCAGCAGCCCAAACCCAAGUACUUCUACGAGAUGGGCAAGAUCCGCGUGUCAGGCAUUCACACUGCUCUGACUCACUAUAAGACGAUCCUUUAUAUUGACCGCACGGACGUCAGCAACACCUAUGCCAAGCUCCCAAACGGAAGGACGGCUUAUGCAGAGGAAUACAGCUUUGCAACAGGGUCGCUCAGGGCGCUGGACGUCAAAUCCAACGUCUUCUGCUCUGCGGGAGCCAUAGACCCAUAUGGUCGGCUGAUCAGCAUCGGAGGCACAUCAGACGCCAAUGCCACCAACCUGGCCGACCCUCUCCUCGACGGAUCUGCCUCCAUCCGCUCCUUCACCCCCUGCCCCCCUGCUACUGCUGCCCCCGCUGCUGCUGCUGCUAGUAGUGCCAAUAGCAGCAGCAGCAACGGCGGCGGCAGCAGUAGCAGUGGGGGGUGUGAUUUCUCCCUGGUGGGACAGAUGACCUCCAAGCGGUGGUACCCCACGGCCCAGCUCUUACCAGACGGCCGCAUCUUCAUUGUGGGAGGGGCCAACGUGUUUGGCAACGUGGCGAUCAAUUCGGUUCAAAACAACAACCCCACCUUCGAGUUCUGGCCCAGGAAGGACGGAGAAGGCAACUACAAGCUUCGCUUUCUGGAAGAAACUUUGCCGUACAACCUGUACCCGUUUGUGCACCUGCUGCCUUCAGGGCAUCUGUUCAUAUUCGCGGGGCAACGCGCAAUCCUCCUCAACUACACCACCAACACGGUGUACCGCACCCUUCCUCCUCUCGAUGUCUCUCGCUUCGGCCCAGCCAACACCAACAUCUUCCGCUCCUACCCUGUCACCGGCUCCUCAGCCAUGCUACAGCUCUCCUCAGCUGACGGGUACAAGCCCAGGAUUCUCAUCUGUGGCGGCAGCAGCAGCAGUGCAGACCUCACCAACCGGGACAACCGUACGGGGGCAUGCCUUGGGUGUGCAGCCCCUGCCGCAGCCACGUGUGGGCUCAUUGCGCCCAUGGACGCCAACCCCACAUGGAGUUAUGAAAUCAUGCCUGUAGCACGUGUUAUGCCGGAUGCCGUGCUCCUAUUGGAUGGCACGGUUCUGAUCUGCAACGGAGGCAGGAGGGGCUUUCAGGGUCUGAAGCAAACGUAUGCGGGAGGGGAAGUGAGGACACCUGUCAUCUACACCCCCUCUAAGCCUCCUGGCAAGCGCUUUUGGCAGGUCCCAGAGUCGAGUCGCUACGCUCGCAUGUACCACUCCUCUGCUCUGCUGCUGUGGGACGGCUCGGUGCUGAUUUCUGGGUCUAAUCCCAACGACCGCCUCACUACUAGGGGAACUUACCCUACUCAAUUCGCCGUUGACCGGUUUGCCCCAUCGUAUCUGCAGUGGGGGGUGCCGAGAAACGUGCUGUGGAAGGUACCCUCAACCGUUACCUUGAACACUCUCUUCUCAGUCCGCCUCAAUACAACUGUAGCAACUCCUCCAUCGCUCCCGCGCCUUAUCGAUCGCUUCCGUGCCGUGCUUGAGAUCGCUGUUCUUCCAGCAGCCGCAGCCAUGGCGUCUCUAGGCGCAUGCGCGUUCCGAUUCGCGCGGCGCUUCGUGGUUUUCUCGCUGGUUCUGGCGUCUCUCGCGUGUAUCGGUCAAGCGAGCGAAGAUCUGGUCAUCGUCAGGGUAGAUCGUAAGAUCGACCUUCAGACCCAUCUUGUCCGCAAUUCCGCGACCCUCAAGGUGGAGAACGCGGGCUCGACACCUGUCUCUUCGGUCACCCUCGCGCUGCUCGUCCCGCCGCCCGGCCGCCUCGCCUUCGCCACAGCCGUUCUCCUUCAGGGCAAGGCCAAGAGCCGCACCUUCCAGGAACUUCCCCUCACUUCCACCACCCCGGACUCCCCGGUCGAAAACGCGAUCUACUUUAAAGCCCAGCUGCCCGCGCCGCUAGAACCCGGGAAAACCGCGCAGAUAGAGUGUUACUUCGUGGUGAUUAACGCCCUCACGCCUCACCCAGCGGCAAUCUCCCAGGCUGACCCGCAGCUGGUGAUUUUCCACGACUCGCACUACUUCACCUCUCCGUACCCCGUCCGAUCGCAGAGCACCGUUCUCCGCCUCCCCAGCCACCAGAUCGAGUCGUUCACGCCGCUGGAACCUUCCAAGAAGGCGGACUCGGAGAUCAAGUUGGGACCGUAUGAGGGUGUGGAGGCCGGAGCGGUGUCGGCGCUAGCGGUGCACUAUGAGAACAACCGGCCGUUCCCGCUGUUUGAGCGCGCUGAACGGGAGUACGAGAUCUCGCACUGGGGGAAUGUGUAUGUGACGGAGGACUAUCACCUGGUGCACUCGGGGGCGAAACACACGGGCAUGUUCUCCCGUCUGGACUACCAGCACCGGCCCAUGGCCAUUGGCGUUUCUUCCCUGCGCGGACUCAUGGCAGUGCUGCCGGAGAGGGCGCACACGGUGUAUUACAGGGACGAGAUCGGGAACAUCUCCUCCUCGCACCUCCGAUACCCGCCCAGAAAGGCCGAGCUGGAGAUCGAGCCUCGGUACCCGCUCCUGGGCGGGUGGUCCGUGACGUUCCGAGUGGGGUACAGCGUGCCUCUGGGCGACCUGGUCUCCAUCAGCACAGACGGCACUCGCAUGCUCAACGCCACCCUCGGCAGCCCCUUUGCUGACGUGCCCGUCAAGCACCUCACUGUGAAGGUGGUGCUUCCAGAGGGAUCCUAUGGCAUCUCUGCGGAUGUGCCCUUCCCCGUGGGCAAGAGCACCGAGACCAAGUACUCAUACCUGGACACGGUGGGGCGCCCUGUGGUGGUGCUGGAUAAGAGGGACGUGGUGCCGGAGCAGGGAAUCAUGCACUUCCAGGUGAAGUACAAGUUCUCCAAGGUGGCUCUCCUCACCGAGCCACUCCUCCUCAUCCUCUUCUUCUUUCUCCUCUUCCUCCUCUUCAUCGCCUACACACACUCCGAUCUCACCAUCUCCAAAACCGCCCCCGCCUACCUCGCCAAACUCCACCACGAGGAGUUUCUCGAUCUCAUCCAACGGCUCUCGCGCCUCGUGGCCGAUCGUGCGGCCCAGAUCGAGUCUCUGGACGCAGGGCUGCUGAAGCUGGGGAGGAGUGGGGAUGUGGCAGGGGCGAAGGCGGGGAGGAGGAAUGUCGAGGCUGAGUUGAAGGAGAGUGGGAGGGAGAUCGCGUCUGUCGUGGGGAAGAUCGAGGCUCUCCCCAAGGUCCCUGCUGGUCCUCUGCGCACUGUGCAAACCCUGGUUGCAAAGGAGAAGGAGCGCGCAGAGAGGGCGGUGGCGAAGCACACUGUAGCGGUGGAGGCAUACGAAAAGAAGACUUCUGCCAAGGAGAUCGACGCUAAGAUCGGCCCGAUGCAGCAGCGACUGGCGGCUCUGAAAGCAGAGAUCAAGGAGCUG